UCCCGGGAGCGGGCAGGAUGUCGCAUGCGCCCUGGGCUACUUCCCCUGCGGCAACACCACCAAAUGCUUGCCUCAGCUGCUCCACUGUAAUGGUGUGGACGACUGUGGAAACCAGGAGGACGAGGACAACUGUGGUGACAACAAUGGAUGGUCUAUGCAACUUGACAAAUAUUUUGCCAAUUACUACAAAAUGACUUCCUGGUAUCCUUUUGUGGCAGAAACAUCUGAAUGCUUGGUCGGUUCUGUGCCCGUGCAAUGUCUUUGCCGAGGUUUAGAGCUUGAUUGUGACGAGACCAAUUUACGAGCCGUUCCAUCAGUUUCUUCAAAUGUGACUUUAAUGUCACUCAAGUGGAACUUAAUAAGAAAACUUCCUCCUGAUGGCUUUAAGAAGUACCAUGAUCUUCAGAAGCUGUGCCUGCAAAACAAUAAGAUUAGAUCCGUAUCCGUCUACGCUUUCCGAGGACUCCACAGUCUUACUAAACUGUAUCUCAGUCAUAACAGAAUAACCUUCUUGAAGCCGGGUGUUUUUGAAGAUCUCCACAGACUAGAGUGGCUGAUAAUUGAAGAGAAUCAUCUCAGUCGAAUUUCCCCACUAACAUUUUAUGGACUAAAUUCUCUUAUUCUCCUAGCACUGAUGAAUAACAUCCUUACCCGCCUGCCUGACAAGCCUCUUUGUCAGCACAUGCCCAGGCUGCACUGGCUGGACUUUGAAGGCAACCACAUCCAUAAUUUAAGGAAUUUGACUUUUAUUUCCUGCAGUAAUUUAACUGUUUUGGUAAUGAGGAAAAACAAAAUUAAUCACCUCAGUGAAAACGCGUUUGCACCGCUCCAGAAACUAGAUGAAUUGGAUUUAGGAAGUAAUAAGAUUGAAAAUCUUUCAUCACUUGUCUUUAAGGAUCUGAAGGAGCUCUCACAGUUGAAUCUCUCCUAUAACCCAAUCCAGAAAAUUCAAGCAAACCAAUUUGAUUACCUUGUCAAACUCAAGUCUCUCAGCCUAGAAGGAAUUGAAAUUUCAAAUAUCCAACAAAGGAUGUUUAGACCUCUCACGAAUCUCUCUCACAUCUAUUUUAAGAAGUUCCAGUACUGUGGCUAUGCACCCCAUGUUCGCAGCUGUAAACCAAACACUGAUGGAAUCUCAUCUUUAGAGGAUCUCUUGGCGAGCAUUAUUCAGAGAGUAUUCGUCUGGGUUGUGUCUGCAGUUACAUGCUUUGGAAACAUCUUUGUCAUCUGUAUGCGACCUUAUAUCAGAUCUGAGAACAAGCUGCAUGCCAUGUCGAUCAUUUCCCUCUGCUGUGCCGACUGCCUGAUGGGAAUCUAUUUGUUUGUGAUCGGAGCCUUUGACCUGAAGUUUCGAGGAGAAUACAACAAGCACGCACAGCUGUGGAUGGAGAGCACUCACUGCCAGCUUCUGGGGUCCCUGGCCAUUCUGUCCACAGAAGUAUCAGUGUUACUUUUAACAUUUCUGACAGUGGAAAAAUAUAUCUGCAUUGUAUAUCCUUUCAGAUGUUUAAGACCUGGAAAAGGCAGAACCAUUACAGUUUUGAUUCUCAUUUGGAUUAUCGGUUUUAUCGUGGCUUUCAUUCCACUGAGCAAUAAAGAAUUUUUCAAAAACUACUACGGCACCAAUGGGGUAUGCUUCCCUCUUCAUUCAGAAGAUACAGAAAGUACUGGAGCCCAGAUUUAUUCAGUGGCAAUUUUUCUCGGUAUUAACUUAGCAGCAUUUAUCAUCAUCGUUUUCUCAUAUGGAAGCAUGUUUUACAGCAUCCAUCAAAGUGCCAUAACAGCAACCGAAGUACGGAAUCAAGUUAGGAAAGAGAUGAUCCUUGCCAAACGUUUUUUCUUUAUUGUUUUUACCGAUGCAUUAUGCUGGAUACCCAUCUUUAUACUGAAAUUCCUGUCAUUGCUUCAGGUAGAAAUACCAGGUACCAUAACGUCUUGGGUAGUGAUUUUUAUUCUGCCUAUCAACAGUGCUUUGAACCCAAUUCUCUAUACUCUGACCACAAGACCAUUCAAAGAAAUGAUCCAUCAGUUUUGGUAUAACUACAGACAGAGAAGAUCUAUUGACAGCAAAGGAAGUCAGAAGACAUACGCUCCAUCGUUCAUCUGGGUAGAAAUGUGGCCCGUGCAGGAGGUGCCCUCUGAGCUGAUGAAGCCAGCUCUUUUCACAGACCCCUGCGAACUAUCACUCAUUUCGCAAUCAACUAGACUCAAUUCCUAUUCAUAACCGACCGAAACCUAUUUCUACACAGAGAAUAUUGUGGGAUGCUUUAUGAUGGAUUUAUUAGUAUAAAAUAAAUGCCACAAAAUAAUUUAUAAUAACGGCUAAAAUAAAUUAGCUUACAUGGACAUGAGGCUAUUUGGGAAAAAAUCAAAAUGACUGAUGCCCAUGUAAAGGGAAAUAAAUUAUAUUGAUAAUGUGUAUAAACUGGUACAUAUUUUGGAUAGGAAACUAAGAGAAAUCUACUUCAAGGUUCAUUCAUUCUUUUACCAUGCAUUUAUUGAGUACCCACUGUGUGCAUGGCACUGCAGUAAAUUCCUGGGAGUAGACAGUAUAGAAUCUUUUCAAUUUGCAAUGUUAAGUUGUAUUUAACUACAAGAAUAUAAAAAGUCCAUCUGCAGCUCCUAGUUUAAGGUAGAGCUUUGUCUGUCUUGCUUACCAGCAAAAGUGAGAAUCACAGACACUCUUAAAUAAAGGUUUAUGGUUUUGGAA